AUGACUUUCACUCGUAACAGGAAUGUACGAUCAUCAACAUAUCAUCUAAAUGGUGUUUCUCUGCAGAAAGUUGAUACUAUCCGUGACUUAGGUGUACAACUUGAUAGGAAACUUAGUUUCAUGAACCAUUUCGAUUCGAUAGUAGCCAAAGCAUCAAAAAUGAUUGGUUUUGUAAAGAGAGCUUGUUCUGAGUUUCGAUCAGUGUCAACCCUUAAAUUAUUAUACAAUACCCUAGUCAGAAGUAUCUUGGAGUACGCGUCCCCAGUCUGGAAUCCCUCGUAUCGUGUUCACGUUAAUAGAAUAGAACGCGUACAAAAAAGCUUCACCAGGUUUCUACGUUUUAAAUGUCCUGGAUGUCCUUAUGGUGCUGAUUAUUCAGUUAGAUUAAGCUAUUUCAGCAUGACAUCAUUAGAACAACGUAGAAACUCAUCUGAUCGGAUUAUGCUUUAUAAAAUCAUAAACAAUUUAAUUAAUGUACCCGACUUGCUCUCCGAAAUUAGUAUAUGUGUACCUCGACAAAGCUUGGUGAGACCGAAACGCAAAGUAAACACUUUCACAACAAGCUCAUCUAAGACCAAACUUGGUCAAAAUGCACCCAUGAAUAGAUUAAUUACCAGCUACAAUAAACUGGACAGUUGCUGUGGCAUUGACAUCUUUGCAGACACUUUAGUCCAAUUUGCCAAAAAGUCAUUGACUGGUUCUGAAGAACAAUUGUAA